AGCCAAUGGACAAAAAUGCAAGGCUGUAACCAUGUCUUGAAAAUUGUAAUGGAUGUAGAAAGUAAAUGAUAGAACUUUCUUUCUUUUCUUUUCUUUUUUUAGGUGAACUAUGUUUUGUAACUUUUUGAGCACACCUGACAUUUGAGGGUUUCUUGUCCAAAUUAAAAAAUAAAGUUAAACUAACAUUUAAAAUAAAAAUGUUGUUUUAUUACAUGACUCUGCUAACCAUGACCUAAAAAGCCAUUUAAGUGCAAGCCACACAUGUUCUAGUUUAAUUAUGUGGAUGAUAACUCUCCCACUUGAGUUUUAUGAAGCAGUGUGAUGGUUAAUGGUAUGCUGCAAAACAGCAUCAAGAAUAUCAAAUAUAAAGGGGAUCUUUUUGCUAUGGUGAUGCAUUGAUGGUUUUCACUAAACUAGUCCAUAAGUAGGGAGUGCCAGCUGAUGCAACGGCUUAUGGUUGUCUAGAGUUGUUUUUCAUGCACAUAGAUGUUUUCUAGACAAACACUGCUUCGACGCUUGGUCUCGGGAAAUAAUUAGCUUGUUCAUUGUGUGCAGAAGUUUGAAUUUCUUCCUUGAAGAGGAACUGACGUUAGCUAAAGCAGGUCAAUCAGAGAAAGAGAGAGAGAGAGCGAGAGAGCUAACGCUAGAGCAGCCGCACUGUCUGGUAGCACUGCAGCCGUAUGUGCUUUUAUCUGCCUCCAAAGCUAAACUUCACUUAUUAACGCGACUGGGGGAAAUAUAAUGCAUUCGAUGCACAUUUUUGAGUGUUCGUAACUCUAUAUUGCCAGUUGGGGGAGUUUGCAUCAGUGCAGGACGGUGUUAUUUGUUUCAGAUCAGAGCAGUUGAGCUGAGUUAGCUUAGCUAUAGCGAGCAGCCAGCGAGCCCAAGUUCCUUCAAGCUCCUUUGCGUUUCGCUGUCAAGAUGCCUGCGAUGUUGGAGAAGGGCACCGCUGAGAUAUCGGGUAAAAGAAGGGGCAGAAACUCUGUGAAUAAUCCGGCCAAAAGUUUUACUUCAAAUGGGAACAGCAACCAUUCAUGGGAGGAAGGAAGUUCGGGUUCCUCAAGUGAUGACGAGCAUGGUGCAGGCGGGAUGCGAGUUGGACCGCAGUAUCAGGCAGUUGUUCCUGAUUAUGAUCCUGGUUUGUGGCUUUUGAGUGUUGGAAGGUUCAUUGACAACACAGGGUGGAUGGCAAAUGUGGAUGAGUACAUUGCUAUAGCCAAAGAAAAACAUGGGUACAAUAUGGAGCAGGCAUUGGGCAUGCUGUUUUGGCACAAACACAACAUUGAAAAAUCUUUGGCAGAUCUCCCCAACUUCACCCCUUUUCCAGAUGAGUGGACAGUUGAAGACAAGGUGCUGUUUGAACAGGGUUUCAGCUUUCAUGGAAAGACGUUUCACCGCAUCCAGCAGAUGCUUCCAGACAAGUCAAUUGCAAGCUUGGUUAGAUUCUAUUACUCGUGGAAGAAAACGCGCAGUAAAACGAGUGUGAUGGACCGCCAUGCGCGCAAACAGAAGAGAGACAGAGAGGAGAGUGAUGAUGGAGAAGAAAAUAAUUGCAUCUCUCCAGGGGAUGCAGAAUUGGAGCCAAAUAAGGAUGAGAAGAAAGAGGUUACGCCUGGACCUGAGAAACAAGAUUCAAAACCUACAGUUGUGCAGAAGCCAGCAAAUCUUGCAGAAAAGUCAAUGCAUGUUAAGAAAGAAGUACAGGGACUUGCUGGGAGGAACCUACACAGGGCAAAGAAGAAACCUCCUAAAGGAAUGCAUUUAAACUCUGAUGAUGUGGCGGCAAUGUCUAGCAGCGGCCCGGCUGCAGUUAGUGUUCUGAGACAGCUGGAUAUGGAGGUCAUUGCCAUAAAACGACAGAUUCAGAGCACUAAACAGCACAAUAGUGCCCUCCGAGAAAAGCUGGACACAGGUGUGGAUGAGUUUAGGCCAUCUGAGGCUAAUCAGAAAUUUAAUACCCGCUGGACCACAGAAGAGCAGCUGCUUGCAGUACAAGCUAUAAGGAAGUACGGGCGGGAUUUCCAAGCCAUUUCUGAUGUGAUCGGCAACAAGUCAGUGGUUCAAGUGAAAAACUUCUUUGUGAAUUACCGGCGUCGCUUCAACCUGGAUGAGGUACUGCAGGAAUGGGAAGCUGAGCACGGUGUGGAGGGACGGAAGGGUUUAGAUGAAGAGAAGAUGGAGGUGUCAUCCGAAGAGGGAACCACCCCGGGGCCUUCAGAAAACCAGGCAGAGGAACCAACGGCAAUGGAAACACAGAACCCUUCAGUUUCGUGAGUUCUCCAACAGCGGUCAGACGAGCUCAGAUCAGUUAAUAUCGCAGCUGUGCGUAAGACGCAUUAAGGCUUCAGUUGCCUCAAGUGAAGCCUCUUCGUAAUGGACAUUCCUCCCCCAUCCCUGUCCCUCCAACUCCCACCCCCCUAUUGAACCCAGGACUCUCACAGAAGCUACCGCAUAGGAGCGCAAACUUCACCAAGCUACUCUACGGAACUAGGAUCAUCACUGCCAACAGAAGUAGAGAUCUUGUCUGGUCUCUACCAGUCUGGUGCUCCAACAGUUAUAUUCUCCACAAAUGGUAAUCGGUCUGUUGUGGGGGGAAUAAAACACCCAUAUAUAUACCCAUCCCAACGUCAUUGGACAGAGAAUUGUGACCGUGAAAGAUCUCUUAAGGAGUCUGAAGGAGUUUAAUGUCACUUGACCAUCUCUCUUUCUUGAUAUAAACAUAGGACUUUGACUUGGUCCUAGUCCAACAUCCCUUUCCAGUUACUUUUUUGUUAUUGUAGCAUAUUAUAUGCAUAUUAUAGUUAUAUGAUUUGCUAUUUUAAAAUAGUUUGGGGGGUUAGUUGAUCUCUGGUUGGAUUAAGCUAUUUAUUUGCAUAAAAAGUGAAUUAUACGAACUGCACUGUAUAGAUGCAGUGAAAUGCCAGUGUAGAUGAAAUUUAAACAAUUUUAAUACCAAUUUUAAUAUUAUUAAAAAUGAGAUGAUUUGCAGCUCUUAUAUUGUCUAAGUGAGUUGGUUUAGUAUUAGGUCGUAAUAUAUAUACUGUUUAAUCAUGGACCCUUGUACAUGGUGUUUUUGAAAUGCAUUUUAUCUCAAAAGGUUUCUUGGCUGAAGCUGUUGACUGUAAGAACAGGCACAGCAGAGUGUUGUAACAGAAUGGGAGGUAUUUUUUGUUCUUGCUCGGAUUUUUUAAAUCUCAUUUCGAACUGUGUUUUGCAUGCAUGAACAGUUUCUUCUUCAUGCCAAGGUCAAGCUUUUCACCCUCUUAGGGGUGUCUAAACGUAUAUGGAUCGCCAUGUGUAGGUAAGAAUUUCAAAAUAUGGCAGCACAUCUACAUUUCUACUACUAUUCCAUGCUUGUAUGUGUUUUUCCACACAUCCUAAUUUAUUAUGGUGUUUGGAGAUAAAUGUUAGAUGGGUUCAUAUUGUUUGUUUUUUGUUUAAUUUGAAAAUGGAAUAAGUUAUUUAAAAUACAUACACUCUCACUUGUUUCGACCAACUUUUUCCCUCUAAUAACUGUAAUGGUACCAUACAUGUGUGAACUCCUUUUUAAACUUAUUAUGCGUGCAGAUAACAUGUACACGGUUGGGGUGAAGUUCUGUGUGUCUGCGUGUGUGGGUGGGAGCUAAUUUGGUCAUAGACUGGCCCGUAUAUGUAAUCAGUUUGUCACAUUAGUCAUAAUAAACUUAAGGGAUUUAUACUGUCAAAUGCAUUGAGUGUUAUUCAACCUCUGUACAUCACAUUUUGUUAUAUUU